AUGCAAUCAGUAAGCAAAUGGCUCCUGUUCUGUUUGUGGUUUGUGUUCGAGGUUCAGGCAGAAGAUGCGUACCGAUUACCGGACAUCUUCAUGUACGAUGAUUGGGAGACUUGCUCCAACUCAUCUGUUUACUGCUACGCCAAGACACUGCUGCGCGUGGAUCAGUUUCCGGUUGGUGUCCUUGUGCCCGAUACAGAAAGUACCGAUCGAAUCGUCUACAAUCAUCGGCGACAUGUCCUCGAGUUGGGUGUCUGCAUAUCAAAGUGUCAGGAUGAGAUCAGUGGAUUGAGUGAAAUGGAACGCAGUGCUCUGGACCAUCCCGCGAUACCUGUUAAUUACACGUUCCAUGUUCCCAGCCAUGUCUUUCCCACGAUGGCGGCCGAUGCUCGACGCUACAGCUCACUGGUGAACGUUUGCAUCAACAAGCGAUUGCGUGCGGAGUACAACAUUUCGGGGCAUACCACGUUGGAGUACUGCCGGCCACCUCGAAGCAGCCCAGCGCCACCAUUCACUUUCUUGGAGAAUGCUUUCAUUGCGAUUACAUUCAUCUUGGUGAGCGUGAUGCUUCUUGCGACUUUCAUCGAUACAUGCUCGCCGAAUGAUAAAACUCCAAGCGAUGGCUGGGUGAUGGCCUUUUCAAUCCGCCAAAACUGGAUUCGACUGCUGGAGCAACCGCGGACGGAUUUGCAGCAAGAGCUGGUCCAUAUCGGCGGACUGCGAGUAGUGCUGCAGCAUCUUCUUAUUGUGAUACACAGCGUUGGGAUGGUGAUGAUCGCACCAACGCAGAAUUAUGAUAAAAUGGAACGUUCCCUUCAUCACUAUCCACUUCUCGCAUACAUCACAACGAACGCCGUACUCGUCCAGAUCUUCUUCACCAUCGGAGGAUAUCUGUUGAGCGUAAACUUUCUGCGCGAUACCCGGACUCUUCUCAUCGAUGGACGAUACAUCACGAAGAAGCUACUGAACCGAUUGCUCCGUCUACUGCCGGUCUACUGGUACUUUCUGUUGUUCUCGGUCAGCAUUAACGUACGCUUUGACACGACCGUCAGCGGAUACCGUCUGUUUACGGUUGAGAAUGCCUUCUGUCGCCAGAACGGAUGGAGUAACUUGCUGUUCAUCAACAAUCUGGCCUGGCCGGUGGAAAUGUGCCUGCUUCAUACCUGGUAUCUAGCGGCCGAUUUUCAACUGUUUCUGUAUGCCCUCCCCGUGCUCGUUGUGGUGCACCGUUGGCCAAAGAGCAGCGGCAGUGUGUUCAUGGUGGCAAUAUUAUUUUCACUGUGGAUGCCAGCGUACAUUACGUACAUCGAGAAGCUGCAUCCGGUGUUCCCGUUCAAACUAAGUGAAGCGAAGCUGUUUUUGAUGUACGACCCUUGGAUACGAAAGAUUCACAUGCCGAGCUACGCCAACACGGGCAGCUACUUGGCUGGUCUGAUUGCUGGAUAUCUGCACGAUCGUGUCACCAAUCACAAGCUGCAGUUGUGUGCAUUCCUGCUCUAUCGUGCCGCUGACCGUUGGAUAACCCCCUUUAUGGUCGUUGUUUUGUUUUCCUCCGGAAUUUGGUACUCGAUCGAUGUACCGAAACCAUCGUUGUGGGUUUCACUGUACAGUGCAGUGUACCGCAAUGUACUAGGAGUGUUUGUGGCCGUCUGUUUUCUGCGUUCCAUCAAUGCUGCCAAAGGGCUGUUAAGGCGCAUCCUGUCACUAAAACUGUUGACCACGCUUGGCAAGCUGACGUACAGUGUGUACGUGCUACAUGAUGUCGCGAUGCGCUUUGUGCAACGGAACGAGCCCACGGUAUCGACGAUCAGCGUAAGGAAGGUGCUCAGUUUUGUCUCGCUGAUCAACAUGCUCGCAUUUGUUGGUGGUCUGCUGGUGUUUCUGCUCGUGGAGCAACCGAUGAUACAGCUGUUCAAGCCAAGCAUCGACCGUUUAUGCCCGUCGAGAAGAAAGAAUAAGACGGACUAG